AUGGCAACUGCUAAUGAGACACAGAGUGCACCCUUACGAAUAUACAAACUCAAAGCUAGCGAUGGUCAAAUCUUUCAAGUUGAUGAGAAUGUUAUUGAACAACUAUCAACUGUGAAAGAAUUAUGCCAAACAACAAAUACAGGCGAUGCUCCUAUCCCAUUGAUAGCAGUCAGUGCAACAAUGUUGGAGCAAGUUAUUAAAUUUUACGACCACCAGAAAAAUGAAUGUCAAGCGCCAGCAGUUGGAAACGAUAAUGGUACCAAUGGGAUUACAAACGAAAAGAAAAAGUUCGAUAGUACCGGUGAGUGGAAUUUGAACUUUAUGAAGCAAUUUACCGUUGCAGACGGAACACUAUUCGAAAUUAUUACGAUAGCAAAUUAUUUAGGUGCAAAAUCUUUACUUGAAAUUGCGCUAAAGACGAUUACAGGUCUAGCUAGUAAAGAACAACAGGAAACUCGUGCUCUCUUCAACACUUCAUGUGACUCAUCUGCGCAAGCAUCGAAUGCACCGAUCACUUGUCGUCCGAGUGAACGACGAAACAAAUGGAUCACUUUGUUAUCUCGGGAUUCCACAAGAAGAAUGACAACAGUUUUACGUAGUAAAGAGAACGAGUGUGAUCUUUAUCUGUUCAAAACGCCAAAGCGUACCAGUGCCUUAUCAGCAACAACAAUGAAUGACCGUAUGUUCUAUUCAAAUACUAUCAAACACAUUGCAUUCACUAGUAAAACUAAUACUACUGAUUUAUCAAUGCAUGUCACCCCAAUGAUGACGCCAAUACGUUCGAAUAGAACAACGAAGUUUUCGACACCUGCAUCUCUUCAACGGCGUCGUGCUUUAGGCCAAGUAAAUUCAAAUAGUAAACCAAUCUGUCCGAUAUUGACAAGUGAUGACCUUUCUCUAUCGACUGAUCUGAAAGAUCUACCUCUCAAGCAUGAUGAAUUAGUUAUCCUCCAAGCACCUUCGCCUGCAAAAUCCUUCUCCUACGUGGAAGAUGAUCUUCCACAUCGAUCAGUUCAUCAUAAUCUAGAUACAUUUAAUGAUCUUAUGCCAACGAAUGAACGCAUCGAAUGUAUGAUACGCACACAAUCAACUGGCGUAAAUAUUUUUACUUUUCACGGUGGAAUCGAAAAUACAAUUCGAUAUCAAUCACCAAAAUGUUCUCGUGUUGAUGUCUUUACUUUGCUUGAUAUGCUUGAGUAA